UAGCUCACGCUUUCAUUGCACCGACUGUGGGAGAAGAAAGAUGUAUGUGACGAGGCCACUUUCCUUGUACAGGAAUUUCCCAAGUGCUCUUUCAAGAGAGCCACCUGAAGGUCCAUACACCGGUUACCUGGUAAUUACUGAUGAAGAAGCAGAAGCACAGGAGACGUAUUGUUGGGGUAUUCGUAAGAGCAGGAGAGUUAAAAAGCUCCCAUUCCCUCAAGACAAGAUACUAUCUGUAGUUCACUCGUCUGAUCAUGAAGAAACUAUAGUUAAGAAGGCUUGGUUUAUCCCAGUUCUUGAUCAGCCUCUGUCCUCUAAUUGCUAUUAUGUUAUCAAGGCUAAGGGCUCACACAAAGGGCAAGCUUGCACAUGUUCAAGGGAGAUGGACAUGGGUUUAUGGUGCUUCAAGAGUGUCAUAAAUGACAUAAAACCGAAGCCAUUUGAUUACAGAAACAUAUACCAGCAAUUCAAGAUUCAUAGACAUCAUGGAAAGAGUUUCUUCUCUAAGUCUCUUGCUCCAGAUGGUUUUCCUCCAAGAUUUCUAAGAAAAAAGGGUUGGGAAGUUAGAAGCUCAAGGUCUUACAAAUUUCAACUAAGUGAAGCUUUAGGUCUUGAUGUCCCUCUCCGAUCACAACUUCCAAGCUUCGACUUUCCAUUGUCUACCAAGAGUUCCUCUCGUGUGACUGUCGGAAGAUGGUACUGCCCUUUUGUGCUUGUUAGAGAAGAACCUAGGAUAAGGGAGCAAAUGAAGAGAACAAUGUUAUACAGCAUGACUCUUGAGCAAUAUUGGAAGGAGAUAUAUUCAUGUGAGAAUGCCAACAAUGAAGCAGAAAGUACUAUAAUGGUGAGUGUAAAUGUGCAAAGAGAAAUGGAUUUAGUCUUUGGCAUGGAAGCAACAAGGGAUGGUGGAGUAAGUCAUGGUGGGGUUAUAUGGUAUAGAGUAGUAAGCAGAAAUAGCAGCGGGAGAGGGUUUAAGGUGGGUGUAAGUGCUGCAACUGUUGAAAAAAUGAAAUGGGUGCAAGAGGCAGGAGGAUGGAUUGAUGGGGGAGAUGUAAAUGAGACGGUGGAGAGAGUGGUGGAGAUCAGAAGUGAAAAUGGGUGGAGAAAGUUUGGCUGCUAUGCGUUGGUGGAGAGUUUUGUGCUGAGAAGGAUGGAUGGAAGUGUGGUGCUGAGAUGUGACUUCAGACACACGCAUAAAAUCAAGAGCAAAUGGGAAUAAGAUCUCCUCCCUCCCUCCCCUGGUGUAUUACAAUCUGAAUAGACCAAAUGAUGUGCCUAUGGCAUUGGAUUUCUGUGUAUAUAGUGUUGUUGGAUUGUGGUCUUGAUGGUAUUAGUUGUUUCAGAAAAAAAUACUGUGUACUUUGGUAGUGCUGUGGUUUUUUGAAAACAACUUGUGUGCUCAGGGCUCGCUUUUGCUUAGAGAAAGAAAUUGCUGCUAUCA